UCAUUGUUAUCUAUUGUGUCUGUGAUAGUGUUAUUCUCUUUCGGCGCCAAAUUAUGCUUGUGCCAGUCAGAUAUCAAGGUCGCGAAUAAAUUUGGGGAAGCAUAACUUAUAUUCUAAUGAAAUAUUGUUUGUUUAUUAUCUGCCUCACCACUCUCGUGCAUCUGUUAGCGGUGAGUGGAAAAUCAUGUCAAAAAUCCGAUCACUGCCAUUCAAAUGAGUGCUGCAUGACACUAACUUCUAUGGUAGGAAGUUGCAGAUCUAUGGGAUGUGAAGGAUGUUCAUGCCAACCCGAGAACGCUAAAUCUCACAUAGGAGAUAUGUAUUUGAUGUCUUGUCCUUGCUUGGAAGGUCUUGAAUGUGUAUCGCAGGUAUUACACAAAGAAGGAAGUGAUGAGACUGAAUACAUCAAUUCAACUUGUCAGAAGCAUGAAGACAUCAAAAUUCCAAUUAAAGCUCAAGAAAGGCCGAAGAUACUACGUGCUCUGACGAAUGGAUCUUUUUUAAAAUAUGGAUAGCAACUAUUUAUAUCUUGUGAUUCGAUUGUAAUUUUACUGGCUGUGUUAAUUGUAUAUAUAUUCUUAGAUUUUAACCUUCUCAUUAAUUGUAAAAUUAUUGUUCACUAGAUUUAUAAAAUUUGUUUUAAAUACG